AUGAGUGCGUGUCCGGUGGAGGUUGUCUCGCUCAAUCUGGGCGCUACGCUCGCUGUCCGAGCCACGCCCUUUGUUGUUGCUCCUGAUGGCUCAGUCGCCUCGGGUUGGGCUCGCUCGGCUUCACUUCAUGGUCUGAGAGUCGGUCCUGCUCCUCCGGCUGCGACUGCUGCAGCUCUCAUCGGACCGUCUCUUCCGGAUGUUCUCGUCGACUCGCCGCUGUUGCUGAGGCUCUCGCUCGUGGGCGCUCCGCUGUCUUCUGUCUCGAUUGUGUGGGACAUGCUCCCGCCGCCGGCCGAGGAUCACUCUGGGCCACAGCUUGCCAAACCGGCUGCGGCCCGCUUGAGACCGAGAUACAACGUGGCCGUCGGCGAGUCGUACAUUCCGACUGUCAUCGACGUCGGCCUCAUCCCGCAUGCCUCGGUCUCGCUCGGCGGGCCGUCCUCGGGUGACAACUACAACGAGUCCGAGCUCGAGCCGCUGGUUGUCGCCGCGCCGGGCCCGGUUGAGCUCGGCGACAGGCUGGCAAGGGCGGUCAACGCCGCCAUCUUAGCGGAUCCCUUCCAGUUUGUGUUUGACGAUGCCGGCGGACGCGGCCAUGUCUCCCUCUCGCUCUCCAACUCGUCCAUUGCCUGCACCGAGUCGUAUGCUCCGGCUGCCGAGCGCCUUGGCGUCUUUCCCUUCAAUAUCGCUACUCGAGUUCAGCCGCUGUCGGAUCCCGGGGCGACACCCUUUCACUUUCGGCUGCAUCUCGACGCGCUGACUCGAGUCGAGCUUGUGGCCCACGGCGGGCUCGCCGCGCAGCUCCCAGCCUACUCAUGGUCCGUCUUUGUGGCCACGCUCAACCAGCUAAUCGACGCGUUGGCGGCGGCGACGGCCUCGCGGCGUGCGUCGGUCGCGCACAUCCACACUGUGCCGGCCGAGGCACCAGCUGGCCCGUCAGCUACGAGCGAUGAGCUGCUGCCACCGUCGCUCCCGCCGCGAUCACGCCGCAAGUCGGCAGCCGAGCCCACCACCCGUCGCGGCCUUGCUGCCGAGACCCGCCGCAUCCGCGCAGCGUCAGUCACGGUCCACGCACCACAGCGCCCGCCACGGCCGAAGCGGUUCACUCUCGGAGUUGGGCCGCAGCCACCGCUGGUGCCUGCGCGCCCGCGUCGGGCAACGCCGCUCGACGAGCGGCUGCGCAAAGCCAUCGCCGUUGUCAUGGAGGAGCCGGCGGGAGCGGCGGACGAACCUCAGCCUCAGUCCGAGGAUGCGCCUGAAGUGACAAGUGUUGCUGCGCGGCGGAUGCCGCGCCGGCGACGGCGCUCGUCGAUACGGGGGACCAACCGCCAGCGCUCACACUCGGCAUCGGCGCUCAACGACAUCCUCGGCAACAUCGAGUUUCCGGCUGGCGGCGGAGAUGGCUCGUCGACGGCCUCGCCCGACGCUGCCGAGCCGCCGACGACGCCGAGGUCCCCGUCGUCGCCGGCGUCCCCGUCACGGUCGUCGACCCCGCAGCAGCGGGCGCUCGAGGCCCGUUUGAGGCGCGCAGGAGUGGUCGAAGUUGGGUCGCCGUCGCGACGGACACGCCCGCGCUCGAUCUCGUCGCUAAUGGCAGCUCGCGGCGGGAGCGGGAAUGGGAGCGCAGGCGAGCCGCCGGUCCCGGACGCCCUUGUCCCGCUCCCGGACAACGAGUACCUCAUCGACGAGGCCGGCCGGAUCAUUGCUGGCUCAUCGACAGCGCUUGUGGCACUCUUGCUCGACAUCAAGUACAACGUGGCGGUCGACCGGUUCUUUGCGGCCGCCUUCUUCCGGUCGUGCACCGCGUUUGUCGACGUGGCCGAAGUCCGGCGCGAGGUUCUUGGCCCGGUCUUUGACACACUGGCACAGGCUGCGCCGCCUGAGGGCGACCCGGCCGCGCCGGCGGUUGCGGUCUCGGACAUGUUUUCCAUCAAGCACGUGGUGAGCCUCAUGGCCGAGUGGGGUGCUCAGGCGCCCGAGUACCUCAAGGAAGGCCCGAUCCGGACCUCUCUCGACGAGCUUGUGGGCGAGCUGCAGGCGGCUCGGCUCGUGCCGCUGGCGGCUCGGCUCUCGGCGGCGCUCGAUGCAGUUGACGCGUCGCUCCCGCCGUCGCGGUUUGACCUUGUUGCGCACACGGUCGGUCUCUGGCCCGAGUACGGGCUCCAGCCGCCGGGCCUCGACGCAACGUCGCGGGCGCAGCUGCUCGGCCUAUUGGACGAGUUUGACCCGCCGACCGUGGCGUAUGCGCUGACGAUACUCGAGGGCGUGCUCUUCACCCGGGUCGACGUCCACGGCGAGCUUGCAGGUUUGGCGUGGUCGAAGCCCGGACGCGAGACUGCGGCGCCCAACGUCAUGCUGCUCAUCGGCCUGUUCAACGCGCUCUCACGGUGGGUGGUCUCGGCCGCGCUCUCGCACAAGUCGUCAGCCAAGGCGCGCGGCGGAGUGCUCACCAAGUUUAUCGAGCUCGCUGACGAGCUUCGGCUGCUCGGCAACUACUCGGGCGUGAUGGAGGUGGUGGCUGGGCUCUCGGCGUCCGAAGUCAAGCGGACCCGCAAGGCGUGGGCGCUGGUCCCCAAGGUGGCAAUAGCCAAGCACGAGGUUCUCAAGACGCUGACGGGGCAGGCCAAGUCGUACAAGUACCUUCGCGAGGCGCUAGCCAUCUCGGACCUCGACCACCCGCCGGUCCCGUACCUCGGGAUGUUCCUCACGGACCUGACGAUGAUCGACGACGGCAACCCGACGUACUUGCCGUCGGCGUGUGGUGCACUCCGGCUCAUCAACGUCCGCAAGUGGCGUCUCCUUUCGGCUGUCCACGAGGAGCUCAUCGGUCACCAGGACCGAUUCUGCGAGUGGGCCGGUGUCCCACGGAGCCGAGUCCCUCAGCUUCCGACGCCUGCAGCGCGGCCAGUGUCGGAUCUGCCGCGGCUGGCGCCGCUGGUCCGAGCCGCACCUAAUCCGCAGGCAACCGCAGCCGUUCUUGCGCGGCUUGUCCUCCUCCUCGACCCGGACAUCCUUGCACCGGCUUCGCCGCACGCACUGCUCUCUGCCGACGACGCGUACGAGCUCUCUCUUGAGCUCGAGCCACGGCGGCCGCGCAAGUAA